GUUCAUAUUUUAAGAGCCAUUUACACGUUCAUACUGGGACUCAUUCAUAUGCAUAUUGUUCGAAGUCGUUUUCUGAUGUUUCUUACUUAAGGGCAGUUCACUUAUCGGCCGUCCGUUCCGUCCUUCCCGUUUUUUGCCGUGACGGACUGCCGACGAAAACAGAGUAGCAUUCACAUGCGGUCACCGCACAUCAAUCACAUGGCUGAACUCACCCACCAGAGAAAAGAGCGCGCUGCUUGGCGGGAACCCAUGAAAUGCUGUCCUACUUUUGACGGCCGUCAGAUAUCAAGGUUCUUCUGAUCGAAACCGAUCCCGUCCAAGACGGCUUGCUGUCAUGGCAACCAGCAAAGAAAAGCUGGUUCUGGAGGAAAGAAACGUGAUGGACGGAACGGACGGUCGAUAUGUGAACAGGCCCUUAGAGAGACAUAUGGAAAUCCAUACUGUCAAAAAGAACUAUCCCUGUGAACGUUGUUCCCGGACAUUUACUUCCUCUACAGGCUUGAAAAAACAUCUGAGAAUGCAUUCUGGGGAAAAGCCUUAUCGGUGUGAAUCUUGUUCAAAGGUAUUUUCUGAGGUUUGCAACUUAAUGAGACACACGAGAGUUCAUACUGGCGAGAAACCAUAUACUUGCAAACAUUGCUCCAAGUCAUUCUCUCUGUCUGCAAACUUAGUAACACACAUGAGAGUGCACAGCGGGGAAAAGCCUUAUUCGUGUGAAUAUUGUUCAAAAGCCUUUUCAAAGGGUCCAGACUUAAAGAGACAUUUGCGUGUCCAUACUGGGGAAAAGCCUUAUCGGUGUGAUUAUUGUUCAAAGACAUUUUCUACGGCUUCGCACUUUAAGAAGCAUUUGCGAUUUCAUACUGGGGAAAAGCCUUAUUCGUGUGAGUACUGUUCAAAGGCAUUUACCGUUUCCACAAGCUUGACGAGACACUUGAAAGUGCAUACUGGGGAAAAGCCUUAUCGGUGUGAAUCUUGUUCAAAGGCAUUUUCUCAGGCUUCAUAUUUGAAAAUACAUUUGAGAUUCCACACUGGGGAAAAGCCUUAUGCAUGUGAAUAUUGUUCAAAAGCCUUUUCUGUGGGUUCUGACUUAAAGAGACAUUUGCUUGUCCACACUAAGGAAAAAAAUUAUUCGUGUGAAACUUGUUCAAAGGCAUUUUCUCGAGCUUCCACCUUAAAGCAACACUCGAGACUUCACGCUGGCGAAAAACUCGAUUCCUGUGAAUAAUAUUUAAAAACUUUUUUCCGACCAAUAAAGGAUAAUAAACACAUAUGAGAAUGCACAGGUGUGAAAAAGCUUCUUCGUGUGAAUAUUGUUCGAAAGCCUUUGUUCAAAGACAUUUUCUACGGCUUCACACUUUAAGAAGCAUUUGCGACUUCAUACUGGGGAAAAGCCUUAUUCGUGUGAAUACUGUUCAAAGACGUUUACCGUUUCCACAAGCUUCACGAGACACUUGAAAGUGCAUACUGGGGAAAAGCCUUAUCGGUGUGAAUCUUGUUCAUAGACAUUUUCUCAGGCUUCAUCUUUAAAAAUUCAUUUGAGAUUCCACACUGGGGAAAAGCCUAUAGAUAUUAUAUUUAAAAAAUCAUCGAAUUGAACUGUCCAGUGUGUUUUCGAUUGUACUUUUUGAUGUACAAUCAUUUAUUAUUCGAUGUAAAAUCCAAGUAUCGGCUUCACUUCUAUGAGCUCCAUGUCCAAAAAAAUAAUACUAAAAAUAAAUAUAAAUAAAUCAAUAACUGGAAUGAAAUAAAUAUAAAUUCAAAAAAGGAAUAUAUCUUGAAGCACCUUAUGUUGCAUAUAAGUCACAGAUCUUCAGUCACAAACCUUCCCGGAUUAAGUGUAUUUAUUGAAGUUAAGAUCACACUGGAGAUAACGAAUGAGAUUAAGUGUGCCUAUAAUUUAGCAUUAAUAUCUUCUUUAUAUAAAUAAAACAAAAAAUCCAGAUGUAUAUAUACGGGGUAAAUUCAGAAACUACCGGACCGAUUUCGUCAAAAUUUUCAGUUUAUCUAGGUUAGUGCUGGGAAGUUUUGUAGACAUUUUUGAAAAAAUUUCGGUGAAUAGUUCUCUUUUUAUUCGAAAAUUACGUUUUGUACCCAAAAAUGGAUCUUUCUACCUGGGCCGGAGUAGAUUCCCUAA